AUGGCUCAGUGUGAAUCAAAUGAAGUUGUAGAUUUACAUGAAUUCCCCUUCUUUCAUUCCUAUAUCUCUGACGUGGAAUCAGGUAAUAUCGCCUCAAAUUCUGAAUCCCAUAUAAGUUUCAAUAUGUUCGGGACGUGUUCUUUAAGAAAUGUUCGGCGUAUUAUGCGUCAGAGUCGGCGUCUGAAACCAUUAAGAGUUCACUUACUAAAAUCUGUAUUGGAUUUAUGCAAAGCUGCUGGUUUGGAGCCAUUUGUUUAUGGUGGCACAGCUUUAUCUGUAUUCCGUGAAGAUGGAAAAUUCAUAUCACAUGAUACAGACAUUGACUUGGGCAUUUUAGAAUUUGAUUCUAAUGGAAACAGUUCGUACACUAAAUUGAUUCACAGCUGUUUAAAAAAUGGUAUAAGUGUUUUCGGUGUGGAAAAUAUGGAUGAAUCUUUACUAAUCAGUGUCAAUUCUGAUUUAUAUGUCGAUUUUUCGGCCAGUAUCAGUAGACGUUUUUGGCUUAAAGCGCAGAAAUUCAAUAUUUCUGAAACCAUUGAAGAGAUACCAUACAAUGGAUGUGAUUGCAAACGCAUUAAGUUCUUUUUCAGCACUAAUGGUUUACUUAAAGCCUGUGAAUUAUAUCAUUUAAACUCAAAAAUUGUAAGUCAUAUACAAUCGGAUCCAUCAUUAGUACAUGUGGAUUUGUUCACUCUAUCUACUUAUCCAGAUUCCUCCGAUGACAUAAAGCCUUUGCUUGUAAACUGGAAUUUGCCCGGUAUAUAUGACUGCAAAAAGAAAUUAUUCCCAUAUAAUUCUUUCUUUCCUUUAAUACCAUGUACAUUCGAAGGUGUAAACUUACUAGCUCCGCAUGACUUAAAAACUUAUUUAGCUAUCGAAUACGGUUACUUGGGACGAGAUGCUGUGUAUGAUCGUAAAAAGCAGUUGUAUGUAAAAAUUCCUUCAAAGUUUUCUUCUCAAUUACCAUCGUACUUCACAUGA